GCCCGCCUCAUCUCGGCCGCGCCGGCGGCCAGGCCCCGGGGAGAAGCCCCGAGGAAGAUGACGCGUCCUCGCCGCAGUCCGCUGGAAUCAGGACUCGCUGCAAAGCCCUAGGAAAGAAAGAGCUCGGGAGCGGAGGCUCGCCGUGCCCCGAGCCGGGAGAGCCGCUCCGGGAGCUGCCCUCCCUUCCCGCGGAGGACUCGCCCAGGCGCUAUCCGAGUGGAGGUUGGGAGCUUUUGCAGCAGAAUUUUUGGCUUUCCCUCCCCCUCCAUACAUUCCCCCCUCCUCCUCCUUUUCCAGUUUUUCUUCUUCCCGGGAAGUGAAUUGCUGAUGCCAAGAGGACUUUAUUCAUUAAUGAUGCAACCGGAUUCGUUUCAGGAUUAUGUUGCACGAAUUGAAUUUUGAAUGAAGGAUUUUUUUUUGAAAGAAGUGUUGACUCUUUAGUUCGUUGUACUUUUAAUUAUUAUUUUAUUUAAGUAUACAAUUUAAUUGUAUUAUUCUCUUAAAAAUAUUAAAUCUAUAUUUUAUGGAAACUUACCCUCAAGAUAUAUAUGUUUAUGGGUGAAAUUGAAGACGCUUCCGUUAAGUGAGGUGACUGGUGUGUUGGAUGUUUAAUUCAGCACCGGCAUUGCAUGACAGUUGUUGAAAUAACAAGUGGUUUACUUUUUAAAACCACACCUUUAAAAUUUUAGGUUCCGACAGUAACAGUAGACAUCGUAAGGGCCAUUAAAAGAAACCCAGCAGAAAUCGAAGCAAACAUGUCCGGAGAAGUGCGUUUGAGGCAGUUGGAGCAGUUUAUUUUAGAUGGGCCAGCUCAGACCAAUGGGCAGUGCUUCAGUGUGGAGACGUUACUGGACAUACUCAUCUGUCUUUAUGAUGAAUGCAAUAAUUCUCCAUUGAGAAGAGAGAAGAACAUUCUUGAAUACCUGGAAUGGGCCAAACCAUUUACUUCUAAAGUGAAGCAAAUGCGUUUACACAGAGAAGACUUUGAAAUAUUAAAGGUGAUUGGUCGAGGAGCUUUUGGGGAGGUUGCUGUAGUUAAACUGAAAAAUGCAGAUAAAGUAUUUGCCAUGAAAAUUCUGAACAAGUGGGAGAUGCUGAAAAGAGCUGAGACAGCAUGCUUUCGUGAGGAGAGGGACGUGCUGGUGAAUGGGGACAACAAGUGGAUAACGACUCUGCACUACGCCUUCCAGGAUGACAACAACUUAUACCUGGUUAUGGAUUAUUAUGUUGGUGGGGAUUUACUUACUCUGCUCAGCAAAUUUGAAGAUAGAUUGCCUGAAGACAUGGCUCGAUUUUACUUGGCUGAGAUGGUGAUAGCCAUUGACUCAGUUCAUCAGCUCCACUAUGUGCACAGAGACAUUAAACCUGACAAUAUAUUGAUGGAUAUGAAUGGACAUAUUCGGUUGGCAGAUUUUGGUUCUUGUCUGAAACUGAUGGAAGAUGGAACGGUCCAGUCCUCAGUGGCAGUUGGAACUCCAGACUAUAUUUCUCCUGAAAUCCUUCAAGCUAUGGAAGAUGGGAAAGGCCGCUAUGGACCUGAGUGUGACUGGUGGUCUUUGGGGGUCUGUAUGUAUGAGAUGCUUUAUGGAGAGACGCCAUUCUAUGCUGAGUCUCUGGUGGAGACAUACGGAAAAAUCAUGAAUCACAAAGAAAGGUUUCAAUUUCCACCCCAAGUGACUGAUGUGUCUGAAAAUGCUAAGGAUCUUAUUCGAAGACUCAUUUGUAGCAGAGAACAUCGACUUGGCCAAAAUGGAAUAGAAGACUUUAAGAAACAUCCAUUUUUCAGUGGAAUUGAUUGGGAUAAUAUUCGAAAUUGUGAAGCACCUUAUAUUCCAGAAGUUAGUAGCCCAACAGAUACAUCGAAUUUUGAUGUGGAUGAUGACUGUUUAAAAAAUUCUGAAACAAUGCCUCCACCAACACAUGCUGCAUUUUCUGGCCAUCAUCUACCAUUUGUUGGUUUUACCUAUACUAGUAGCUGUGUUCUUUCUGACCGGAGCUGUUUGAGAGUGACAGCAGGGCCCACCUCUCUGGAUCUUGAUGUAAAUGUCCAGCGGACUCUAGAUAAUAAUUUAGCAACUGAAGCUUAUGAAAGAAGAAUUAAGCGGCUGGAACAGGAAAAGCUUGAGCUCUCUAGAAAACUUCAAGAGUCAACGCAGACUGUUCAAGCUCUGCAGUAUUCAACUGUUGAUGGUCCACUAACAGCAAGCAAAGACUUAGAAAUUAAAAGCCUGAAAGAAGAGAUUGAAAAACUAAGGAAACAAGUAUCAGAAGUGAAUCAUUUGCAACAACAACUUGAAGAAGCUAAUUCUGUGAGAAGAGAGCUUGAUGAUGCUUUUAGGCAAAUCAAGGCUUUUGAAAAACAAAUCAAAACUUUACAGCAGGAAAGAGAAGAGCUAAAUAAGGAACUAGUCCAGGCUAGUGAGCGAUUAAAAAACCAAUCCAAAGAGCUGAAAGACGCACACUGUCAGAGGAAACUGGCCAUGCAGGAGUUCAUGGAGAUCAAUGAGCGACUAACAGAAUUGCACACCCAAAAACAGAAACUUGCUCGCCAUGUCCGAGAUAAGGAAGAAGAGGUGGACCUGGUGAUGCAAAAAGCUGAGAGCUUAAGGCAAGAGCUGCGCAGAGCAGAGAGAGCCAAGAAAGAGCUGGAAGUUCACGCUGAGGCUCUAGUUGCUGAAGCAUCAAAGGACCGGAAACUGCGUGAGCAGAGCGAACACUAUUCCAAGCAACUGGAAAAUGAGCUGGAGGGACUAAAGCAAAAACAAAUUAGUUACUCACCAGGAAUAUGCAGCAUAGAACAUCAGCAAGAGAUAACUAAGCUGAAGACUGACUUGGAGAAGAAAAGUAUCUUUUAUGAAGAAGAAAUAUCUAAAAGGGAAGGAAUACAUGCAAGUGAGAUUAAAAAUCUGAAGAAGGAGCUGCAUGACUCUGAAGGCCAGCAACUUGCUCUCAACAAAGAAAUUAUGGUUUUAAAAGACAAACUGGAGAAAACCAGAAGAGAAAGUCAAAGUGAAAGGGAAGAAUUUGAAAAUGAGUUCAAACAACAGUAUGAACGGGAAAAAGUAUUACUAACUGAAGAAAAUAAAAAGUUAACAAGUGAACUUGAUAAGCUGACCACGUUGUAUGAGAGCUUAAGUUUGCGCAACCAGCACUUAGAAGAAGAGGUCAAAGAUCUAGCAGACAAGAAAGAAUCAGUUGCCCACUGGGAAGCCCAAAUCACAGAAAUAAUCCAGUGGGUGAGUGAUGAGAAGGAUGCACGAGGCUAUCUUCAGGCCUUAGCUUCUAAGAUGACUGAAGAAUUGGAAGCGUUAAGAAACUCCAGCUUGGGGACACGAGCAACAGAUAUGCCUUGGAAAAUGCGUCGUUUUGCAAAACUGGAUAUGUCAGCUAGACUAGAGUUACAGUCAGCUCUGGAUGCAGAAAUAAGAGCUAAGCAGGCCAUCCAGGAAGAGCUGAACAAGGUUAAAGCAUCCAACAUCAUCACAGAAUGUAAACUGAAAGAUUCUGAGAAGAAGAACUUGGAACUGCUGUCCGAAAUUGAGCAGCUGAUAAAGGACACGGAAGAGCUUAGAUCUGAAAAGGGUAUAGAGCACCAAGACUCACAGCAUUCUUUCUUGGCAUUUUUGAAUACGCCUACCGAUGCUCUGGAUCAAUUUGAAGAUUCCUUUUCUUCUUCUUCAUCCUCACUGAUUGAUUUUUUGGAUGACCGCUCCCCGUCCUGUCCUCCAGCUAGCAAAGGCAGACGUAUUGCAGACUGCGCUCCUCUUCCAGUGCACACGCCAACCUUAAGGAAAAAGGGAUGUCCUGCUUCAGCUGCCUUACCCCCUAAGCGCAAGACUCAUCAGUUUUUCGUGAAGUCUUUCACUGCCCCUACAAAGUGCCAUCAGUGCACCUCCUUGAUGGUUGGUUUGAUAAGACAGGGCUGUUCCUGUGAAGUGUGUGGGUUCUCGUGUCAUAUCACAUGUGUGAACAAAGCUCCCACUGCCUGUCCGGUUCCUCCGGAGCAGACUAAAGGGCCGCUUGGUAUAGACCCACAGAAGGGAGUGGGGACAGCGUAUGAAGGCCAUGUCAGGGUCCCUAAGCCAGCGGGAGUGAAGAAAGGAUGGCAGAGAGCACUGGCUGUGGUCUGUGACUUCAAACUGUUUCUCUACGAUAUCGCAGAAGGAAAAGCGUCUCAGCCCAGCUCUGUCAUUAGUCAAGUGAUUGACAUGAGAGAUGAAGAAUUUUCUGUGAGUUCAGUCCUGGCUUCUGAUGUUAUUCAUGCAAGUCGGAAAGAUAUUCCGUGUAUAUUUAGAGUCACAGCGUCCCAACUCUCAGCACCUAGUAACAAGUGUUCCAUCUUGAUGCUGGCAGACAGUGAGAAUGAGAAGAGUAAGUGGGUGGGAGUGCUCGGUGAACUACAUAAGAUCUUGAAGAAAAACAAAUUCAGAGACCGCUCAGUGUAUGUUCCCAAAGAGGCUUAUGACAGCACUCUGCCCCUCAUUAAAACAACGCAGGCUGCUGCAAUCAUAGAUCAUGAAAGGAUAGCUUUGGGAAAUGAAGAAGGAUUAUUUGUUGUGCAUGUCACCAAAGAUGAGAUUAUUAGAGUUGGUGACAAUAAGAAAAUUCACCAGAUUGAACUCAUUCCAAGUGACCAGCUUGUUGCUGUGAUCUCAGGCCGAAAUCGCCAUGUCCGACUUUUUCCUAUGUCAGCUUUGGACGGUCGAGAGACAGAUUUUUAUAAGCUAGCAGAAACUAAAGGGUGUCAAACCAUAACUGCUGGGAAAGUACGCCAUGGAGCCAUGUCCUGCCUGUGUGUGGCUAUGAAAAGACAGGUCCUCUGCUAUGAGCUGUUCCAGAGCAAGACCCGGCACAGGAAAUUUAAGGAAAUUCAAGUCCCGGGUAAUGUCCAGUGGAUGGCCAUCUUCAGUGAGCAGCUCUGUGUAGGAUUCCAGUCAGGAUUUCUCAGAUACCCCUUGAAUGGAGAAGGAAGUCCGUGCAAUAUGCUUCAUUCAAAUGACCACACACUGUCAUUCAUUGCACAUCAACCAAUGGAUGCUAUCUGUGCAGUUGAGAUCUCCAACAAAGAGUAUUUGCUGUGUUUUAACAGCAUUGGGAUAUACACGGACUGCCAGGGCCGAAGAUCUAGACAACAGGAAUUGAUGUGGCCAGCAAAUCCUUCCUCUUGUUGUUACAAUGCACCUUAUCUCUCCGUUUAUAGUGAAAAUGCAGUUGAUAUCUUCGAUGUAAACUCCAUGGAAUGGAUACAGACUCUUCCUCUCAAAAAGGUCCGACCUUUAAACACUGAAGGAUCAUUAAAUCUUUUAGGAUUGGAGACUAUUAGAUUAAUAUAUUUCAAAAAUAAGAUGGCAGAAGGGGAUGAACUUGUAGUUCCUGAAACAUCAGAUAAUAGUCGAAAACAAAUGGUUAGAAAUAUCAACAACAAGCGGCGUUACUCCUUCCGAGUCCCAGAGGAGGAGAGGAUGCAACAAAGAAGGGAGAUGCUACGAGAUCCAGAAAUGAGAAAUAAAUUAAUUUCUAACCCAACUAAUUUUAACCACAUAGCACACAUGGGUCCUGGAGAUGGAAUACAGAUCCUAAAAGACCUGCCCAUGCCAGGCUUCCCUUAUCCGCCCCCUCAUCACCACUCCGGUCUGAUCUCCUCUCCGAGCAACUUUGAGCACAUCUAUCAUAUGACUGUCAAUUCUGCUGAACAGUUUCUCUCUCCUGAUUCCAUAAAUCCUGAGUACCCCCCGUCCCUGCGCUCUGCCCCCGGUACACCACACUCUGUGACUCUGAGGAACCCUCGUCCUCAGGAAAGCCGGACAGUAUUCAGUGGCUCCGUCAGUAUUCCCUCCAUCACCAAGUCCCGUCCUGAACCAGGCCGCUCCAUGAGUGCCAGCAGUGGCCUGUCUGCACGGUCAUCGGCCCAGAAUGGCAGUGCGCUGAAGAGGGAAUUCUCUGGAGGAAGCUACAGCACGAAGCGGCAGCCCAUGCCCUCUCCCUCGGAGGGCUCCUUGUCAUCGGGAGGCAUGGACCAAGGAAGUGACGCCCCUGCGAGGGACUAUGAUGGAGAGGACUCUGAUUCUCCAAGGCAUUCCACAGCUUCCAACAGCUCCAACCUGAGCAGCCCCCCAAGCCCCGUUUCACCCCGAAAGACCAAGAGCCUCUCCCUGGAGAGCACAGACCGCGGGAGCUGGGAUCCGUGAACCCAGGACCGCGGUGGCCACAGGCAGGGACUCUGCAUCCCGACAACGUGCCUGGCAGCAGCGUCGCCUUCCGCACUGCUGCAAUAAGGAUUCCUCAGCAGCCAGGCCCGCUUCACCACCACUACCCUCCCCCCCCCCCCCGUAGCUUCCGUAGACAGACUGCGCAGACGCAGCGCUAAGAGUAGACAGGUUGUGUUCUCACCAUAGUCCUCACGUAGCGCCCAGCAGCCCCAUGAGCGUCAGCCCGACUGUUGCCAGGAAAUAAAUCCUCACGACUCAAAACAAUGCAUAUUUUACUACAAUACAGAGUUUAAAUACAUAAAUGUAGAAGUUAAAUACUGAAUGUAUAUAGUCAAAGAAGCAUCUUGUGUUCAAUGAAAGAUGGAUGCGUAUAUAAGAAAGAUCAUUUAAUUUAAAGAAAUGUGUUGUUUCUUGUCUGUUUCCCAGCUAAGUCAUAUACAGGGUAGAAAGGCCUCAAGUGACAUUUGUAGAGAGAGAGCAAAAGUCCGGUCCCCAUGGUGUCUGUCCUCUAGCCUGGGUAGGCUAAGGAAUGUUUGGAGAUCAGUGCCAUUGGUGGGGUGUGACCUGGACACCACAGGUAGCAUUGAAGCCACUCCACAGCCACACCCACCUCCCAAGGCAUCUUUCUCUAAUGAUAGAUUUGAACCCCCCCCUAUAUUUUGAUAUCUCGCACAGAUGAAUGUGAAAGACAAUUCUGUCAUCCUCCAUCCUUCCCAUCAUAAAGGGCACAGGGAGAGUCACGGCUUCUGAAGAUCAUCGAAUGGUUUGUGUAGGUGGUUUUUGUCCUGGACAAACCCUGUCCCUCCCUUGUUUUCAGUGAGUCUGUCUGGACUGGGCAUAGCUUCCCAGUGAUGAGCCCGUGAGUGUGUCUGGACUGGGCAUAGCUUCCCAGUGAUGAGCCCGUUUGGUUAAGGAUGGUUGUGAAUGUCCUCAUACACUCCUGGGGAAAGGGCUUCUUUCUCCCUCCUAAAUCACGUGACCCCUCAGAAGCUCAGGCUUGAACAGCCUUGACCAAAUAUGCCUUCCCGGUGAGGGGCCUGUGGGCCUGGGGGGUGCUGGCCGCCAGAGACCGCCAGCCAGCUUCCACUCUGCGUAUCUGCUGCUGUACUUGUCCAAGGAAGCAGGUGGAGACCAGGACGCCCGUCUCUCGCCAUGCAUUCCACCAGCUAAGAACCUGGCAAAUGGAAAUGCAAUACGCAUGCCAGCACAGAGGCCUGCCACUCUUCCUUCCCCUUCUCCCCACUUGAAUCCACACCUAAAAUAGAUUUCCAGAGUUGCUAACCUGCCUGGCAUGCUGCCAGACCCUGUGGCCAGACUCCCGAGGAGGUCAGAGUUCGGGGAGGGGCAUGGUGACGGGGUCUUUUUUAAACAGCUUUGACAAACAAUCUAGAUUCCCUACUGGCUCACUUCGGGUGGGUAUUGUGUCAUUCUGAUCUCAAUCGUUUUGCUUUUGGAAAAAUAUUUGUGUACCUUCAAAACGAAGGUUCAGAUCUUGAGUUUGGUCAGAGCCUUUUCAUCUGCUUGAACUUCACUCCUUGCCUGACAGCACUGGCUCCUCUCCUCUCUGUCCCCUCCUGUCUUCCCUGUCCUCUUCCCUUCCCUCUCUCUCCUUCCUAGGCAGAAAGCUGACUCUACCCUGAGUCUUUGGUCUGUAGCUUUGACAACCAGCUGUUACUUUUUGUUGCUUACAGUGCUUGUUUGUAAAGGGGCCCUUUAAGAGUCACAGACGAAACUUCCCUACAGGUCAGCCCCGUUGCAGUGAGCCCCUCCCGAGCUCUGCUGUGGAUUGGUGAAUUCUCCACUGUAGUCAUAGAUCCAGGCAGGUAGCAGCAGCCCUGGUCCCGAGUGUGGGGUGGGUUCUCCUCAUAACCACUGUCUCACUGGACCUACCCCAGCCUUACAUGAAGAGCGCUCCUGUCAGAGGCUGGGGGGGGGGGGAAGACAGAAGCCAAGAUCCCUCAGAGCAGUGGCCACCGAAGACCAGAGGAAAGGCCUGUGGCCCUGUGAGCGCACUCUCCCUGCCCAUGCAAGGUAAUUUGAACAAGUGCAGCAGCAGGUAUUGAUCUCUUUAAGUGAAAAAAAUGGCAUUCAGAACCAUUUCUAGCAUAGUGUCUGGGUUAGUACUUGGUGCUAUGUCCAGCUGGUUUGCUAUUGGCCCUUGGAUUCUGGCUCAUCUCUUAUGUGGGUUUUGGGUGGGUAUGCAAAUAUAUAUAUUUUUUUUGGUUUUGUUUUAUUGCCAAAAAACAAAAGCCUUCCUGUCAAUGAUUGCUAAAGCAGGAUUCACUUAAAAUAUGUAUUUUGGGUGCACACUCCCUGUGCUUGGCCACUCACAUUCUUUCCCAGCGAGCAGAGCUUUAACACUAAGGUGGGGAUAGCUACAAAUGGCCAGUUUGACCUUCCAGCAAAUUGCUAUAGCCAAACUUAAAGGGAGUGCCUGAAAUUCCUGCCAUUCCCGCCAGCCCUUCCUCCAGCCUCUUCUCAUUCAUGUUAGACUCCUGUCACUUUGUUUCUUCGUGGCAGCAUCUAUUUCUAAGAAAAGUGGCUGGCUUGUGUGGAACCUCAGGUAUCAUUAAGGAAAAGCCAGAGCAAAGGGGCAGACGUCCACUCCCAGAUGCAACAACCCACCAUGCAGCCGUGGCAGUGACUACAAAUUCAAGUCUCCCAGCUCAGAAGACCUAGCUGACACCCCGUCUCCCAGACGUGAGUGUGACAGCCCUGCUGCAGAGCAUACUUUGCCCGAGACCACCUUUCCAGGCACACAUGGCCCUGCCUUACCCCUUUCCAACCUGGUGUGGCUGCAUAGCAUCUCAUGUCACCCUUAAGUGGCUCGUUCCUUGUUGAAGCCGUCAUUCUUUGCAAGUUCCCUGUGGAGCCCUGCUGGCUGCGGUGCCGUCUCUCCUGCCAGCUCCAGCACCACAUUCUCCUGUCCCAGGGGCAGUGUCACACAGGGCCCUGCUACAGUCAGCCUUGAUGCCAUUGACAACAAAGUGACCUGCAUUUUAUUUGAUAGUGUAUCAUUUAUUUUAUAUUUUUAGGAUUUUUUUCUCAUUGUAAUAUUACUGUACAGUUUUGCAUGGCCUGGGUGUAAUCAUUUUUGUUUAGACUAUGAUGCUGAUCGGUAUGUGUGGAAGGAAGGUACUGCUUUGGCCUCUUAACCACUCAUUUGGUUUGGUUUCAUCCCUUGAUGUCUUAGGGAACUUCCUGAGAGAGUGUCUGCUACCAGACUAUGGCGUGGGUUCUUUUGCACAGAAUUACUUAAGGUGGGAUAGUCAAAAUGUAACAAAGAAUUUCUCACCAAUAUUUUAUGUUGGUGUCACCUAAUUAACCAGACUUUGAUGUACCGCAAUAAAAUAAGGAACUGUUA